CACAGCUGGACUGCUGUUCGCUCAACGGAGCCGCUUUGUUUCUCCGGUGUUUCUCCUGCACCGCGGCUGUCUCACCCGAACAACCGAAAAUGCUACUCGACAUGACGUUUCUCUCAAUUUUUGCGGUGCUCUUCCUGCCACAAGUGCUAAGUCAGGGCAGUAGCUCCCGGCUUGGUGCGGUAGUGGAGGCGCGGAACAUCACCCUCCCUGCUGGCUCCCGGGCGAUACUCCCCUGCCGCAGCCCUCGGAUGGUGUGGACCCGGGACAGGCUGAAGGACCGACAGCGCGUGGUUCACUGGGACGUGGUACGCAGCAGUCCAGAGUAUUCAGUGGAGAGGGUGCUGGACAUGUCCCCUGGAGCCAGACAGAGAGUCUACAACAGCUUCAACAAGGGACGCAUCUCCAUAUCUGAAACGGCUUUUAAUGAUGGGAACUUCUCUCUCAUAAUCCACAAUGUGGUUACAACUGACAAAGGAGUUUACACCUGCAACCUGCACCAUCACUACUGCCAGGUUCACCAGAACAUUCAAAUCCAGCUCAAUGUCACCAAAUCAGCUCGUAAAGAGAAGCGCUACUGGGACGGAGAGAAGACCGUGUUUGUCGUCUUAUUAGGCAGUUCAGUGGCGCUGCCCUGUGUGAACCGGCGCCCUCUGUGGCGAGAGGGAGCACAGGAAGACCAGCAGCAGGUGGCCCAUUGGGAUUACCAGGCUCCAGGUGUACGUCCGGACCGAGCCGAACGCCUGGUGGAUCUGUACGCCUCAGGGGAACGUCGUGAUUAUGGACCACUCUUCAGCCAAAACAAGAUGAGCCUGGAGGAACACCCAUUCACACUGGGUGACUUCUCUCUGUCCAUCGCUGAGCUGAAGCCGGUGGACAUUGGGCUGUACUCCUGCCACCUUCAUCACCACUACUGCGGUAUCCAGGAGAGGCGCAUCUUCAGACUCACUGUGGGACCCCCGCUUCCACCCAACCCUUCCACAACCCGCCCCACUUUCCAGAGCAACGAGCUGCCCGAGCCAAGGAUUGAAGACGAUGUCCCGAGAGUUGUGAAUGUGAUUCUUCCAGAACAGAAAGGAUAUUUUGUCCAACAUCUGGGUUACUUCCUGGCCACGUUCUUACUGCUGGCUCUCAUCGCUAUAGCUGUAAUUGUGCUCACAAGGCGACGCAAAAAGAGAGUACUGGAGUAUGACAUUUACAGAUAUGAAAGGAGCAAUAUAGCAAAUGCUGGUGAAAUUUCACUGGAUUGCACUGAGCUGUCGACUUGUAGCCAGGAGCCUUCAAACUCAGAAUACAAAAACAACCUCCUGAAAGAACGAGGGAUGGCCAAAGACUGCAAUAGAGACUUUGAAGCGAAGCUGUGGAAGUGAGUGAGCUGUUUGUGCAGUGCUGCUGGCAGGUCCAGAGCAAACAACAGAGAAGUUGAAGACCAAAGGGAGACUAAAAGGACAGAAGGACAGCGCCCCCUGCUGUAGCUCUAACACUAGACACCAUAAUGCCUUUGUUCAUGUAUAAUAGCUACCUUUCAGCAGCUGUUCUAACCAAAUGUAUAUAGUUAAGCCAAUGAGUAACCAUGCAUUUUCAUACUAAUAAUAUGUGGUUUCUUUUUAUUGAAUGCAUGUUACUUAUAAAUUUUGUGUAUUGUGCAUGCUAUAAGUGACCUAUUUUUGCACAAUAACUGCAGUACUGUAUCAAAACAUUACAUUUUCCAUAUGGUCAUUCAUUACACUGCUAUUGUUUUGAUAACAGGGAUGUUUGGUAAAAGUAUGUCUCUUAGGCUGUAUUUCAAUUAUACUUUUUCUGAAAGGACUAAAGGCACAGUUAACUGAAUCUCAGGAAAGAAUUAUCCAAACAUUUUAUCACCUGUUAUUGGACCAUGUUGUGCUUUUGAGCGCUUACAUUAACCUAUAUAAUUUUUAAACACUGACUUUUUAGCUUUUUCAUUGGCUUUAUGAUUUAUACUAAGAAGUUGUUACAGGCUGUCUACUAAAGAGGUGACUGAUAUUAAAAUGCAGUCAUAAUUCUUAACCUUCAUAGUGUACUGUCUCUCACAGAGAAGCUUAUUCUGCUGGUCUGAUUAAAUAA